GAAGAGAAGAAGAAGAAGACUCCAGAAAAGGUAAACAAAAAUACAAGAUGCCUCGCAAAAUGGAAAUAGAAAGAAGAAAAAAACUAUGUGCAUUUCUUUUAAUGCAAAAUAACUACAUCAUUGCACACCUGCUGGAGAAGCAGCGCCAGCGCAAGAGAAAGUUGGCUUCUUCGAAACAUCUAUUGCAACGCGAGUUGGAAGGCAUCGAAAUCCAGCUGGACAGGGAAAUAGUGGAUGAAGACUCUGUACUCUACGGUAGAGUACUGCGAAUAUCCCCGAAUCAGUUUAAUUUAAUUUUGGAAAAGGUGCGGCCUAUUAUCCAAGAAAAGAAAACACCAUUCAGGAACAGCAUUACACCAGAGGAACGACUGAAGGUGACGCUCUUCUAUUUGUCCACUGGUCGUAUGCCAUUUCGUCAAACAAAACCCACAUAUAUACCCACAAUUACGAAGAUAUUAAGGCAGACAAUACCUGCAUUGUACAAUGUGCUCAAUGGAGAGUACCUACCGUUUCCGACCUCAGAAGAAGAAUGGAAACAGAUUGCUGCAGAUUUCAACGAUAUUUGGGGAUUUCCCAAUUGCAUUGGAGCGAUAGAUGGAAAGUAUUGCAAAACACGACCCAUGUCAAGCGAGGGAGAUCCCUCCAUGAUGUUAAUGGUCAUCGUGGACGCCAAAUACAGAUUCGUCUAUGUAAAUGUCGGCACAGACACCAAAAUUGGAGACGCUGAAGUAUGGAUGCACUCUGAUUUGAAAUACAGUUUGGAUGACAACAGCAUCCACGUACCAUCACCGUCUGUGCUUCCGCGGUCGAACCUUGUCUCCUCAUACACACUGGUCUCUGAUGAGGCUUUCCCCCUCACCGAGUACAACAUGAAGCCGUACUUUGGCAAAAAUCUUACCGAAAGUCAGCAGCAUUUCAAUUAUAUGCUUGCGCGGAGUCGCCGCGUUGUGGAGAAUGCGUUUGGGAUGCUGGCCAGUCGCUUCCGGGUUAUCUUUUCGCCCAUCAAACGUGUCCCAAUGACAUUCAGCAAAAUUGUUUUAACCUGCUUUUGUCUGUACAACUUUUUGAGAGAAGAAUCCAUACGAACGAAUAACCAUUUGGAUGUCAUCCCAAAUGUUGAAUUGCAGCGCAUCGUGGAAGAGAAUUUUAUUGAACAUGUGCUGGAUCAUCGCACUGUUAGGUCGACAGGGUAUGGCCCCCAAACGCGGGAAGGUCUAAGGGAAUACUUUUCUAAAUUACAUUUGGAUUUGGAAAAUUAAAGAAAAAUACAAAACUCUUAACAUUUAAA